GCACGACCAAAAGGACAUGCGAAACGGAAAUCACAACCACGACAACGACGACAAAGUUACAAGCGCAAAGCUUUUACGCAAAGUGCUUGGCGUUGAGUAGUAAAAAAGCACUAACUCAAAAAUAAUGAAUAUAAGUGUUUAAUGAAAAUGCGCUACAGAAGUGUUAAGUUGUCAAAUAACAGUACCAAUUAUUAAGUACUAAGUGUUGAUAUAAAUUUGUAAAAAAAAAACAAAAGAAAGAACAAGCACCUCAGUGCCAAAGUGAAGCGCAGUGAACGCCCGCACGCUUUGUUUGUGACACAUAAUACGCCGAAACAAAAACACACACAAGCAAAUAAACCGCUAGUAAGCAACUCAACGGCAGACGCGUGGCAGCUGUAAACUUAGCCACCGCACACAGGCUUGCAUGUGGCAAGUAAGUGACGAUAUGUAUUGCGGUGCUUGAGUGUCAUUGUCAGUGCCACAUGCAUGCACACACAUACAAACGAGCAAACUGGCAAAGGCAGAGAAAAACUUGCGAAUAUAGUGAAAACAAAAUCCUCAUGCCACUACAAACAUACAUAUAUACAUACAUAUGCUCGUUUGUAUGCGCACAAGUCUCCAUUUCAAACCUGAAGUAAGCAAAACGACGAACUGACUGAAAACUCUGUGCCACAUGUGCGGCUUACAGGCUGCCACUGCUGAAGCAGCAACUAUUACUCAACACUAAUACCAAGUGCUAAUUCUAGUGGCAUCGAUACGAAUACUCGCGCACACACAUACAACUAUAACAAGCUAUGUAUGUGUAGCAGCACUAAAGUUAUAACCAACAAAUACCCACCUCCUCUGCGCGCGCUUCUUGUAGUUGAAAGAAAUAUUGCAACACAAGCAACAGCAUGCCGCCAUCAACGUACGCAGCGCCGUCAGCAUUCUCAGCGUCAGCGUCGGCGUCAUACUCCACUGGAUUUAUCGCUUAUUCAGCAAUCGUUUUGCUUUGCACUUCCGGAGUCAAGGCCAGCUGGGAAGAAUGGUGGACAUAUGACGGCAUCUCCGGACCAGGUUUUUGGGGCCUUAUCAAUCCACAGUGGAAUAUGUGCAACAAAGGACGACGCCAGUCACCCAUAGAUGUGGUGCCCGAUAAAUUACUCUUCGACCCCUACUUGCGACCGUUGCACAUCGAUAAGCACAAGGUUUCCGGUACACUACACAACACAGGCCAAUCGCUUGUCUUCCGCGUCGACAAGGACACAAAGCAGCCGGUGAACAUCACCGGCGGCCCACUCGCCUAUCGCUAUCAGUUCGAAGAGAUUUACAUACACUACGGCACGGAGAAUAGCCGGGGAUCGGAGCACUAUAUACAGGGAUACAGUUUUCCCGGUGAGAUACAAAUCUACGGCUUCAACAAGGAACUCUAUCACAAUAUGUCCGAGGCUCAACACAAAUCGCAGGGCAUUGUCGGCCUCUCGCUGAUGGUGCAAAUUGGCGAUACCCCAAAUCCCGAACUACGAAUUAUAACCACCACUUUUAAUAAGGUUUUGUACAGAGGAUUUUCUACACCUAUCCGGCACAUAUCAGUGCGUUCACUGUUGCCAAACACUGAUCAUUACAUCACCUACGAGGGUUCCACAACGCAUCCCGGCUGCUGGGAGAGCACAGUUUGGAUAAUUAUAAAUAAACCAAUUUAUAUUACAAAACAAGAGUUAUACCAACUCCGACGACUGAUGCAAGGCUCCGAGAGUACACCGAAGGCACCCUUAGGUAAUAACGCGCGUCCGGUGCAAGGACUCCAUCAUAGAACAGUAAGGACAAAUAUAGACUUUAAGCGGAAUAAGAAUCAAAAUUCAUGUCCGACAAUGUAUAAGGAUAUGUACUACCGAGCGAAUCGCUGGUCACCGGACACUGGUUUAUUGAUUCGUUGACCCAACAGAGGGCAUAUGCAGAUAGUAAUAAUAAAUGAUAAUAA